AUGCAGAGGUGGCUGGACGGCGUGCCUGUGCAACUUGAAGCUGAGAGCCUUGCAGAUGUGAGCACGAAUGUGUCGCUUCCCGUUCAGUGGCAGUCCCAGCUGGAGAUCGUGAGCAAACUUGGAGAGGGGUCGUUCGGGAAAGUCUUCAAGUGCAAGGUCUUGUGCGAGUCGCCUGCCAAUAUUUACGUGUCUGUCAAGCUCAUCACGAAGAAGGAUCCGAAAGUUCGAAAGGAAAUCAUGAUUUUGAAACAGAUGCGGGGCGCGUCAGACUUCUGCGUUUCAGCAGUCGGCUCCCCGUCGUUCAUUGAUGACAGCGCUGGGUAUUGGAUCAUGUUCCUUGCCGUGACUUAUUGGCACGUGUUGCGGUCAGCGAUGAUGCCCUACAUGAACGGCGGCGAGCUCUAUGACUUGAUCAAGCAGUGCCACAAGAGUGACUCUUGCAUGAGGAGCGACCCACAAGGACGCAAAGAUUGGUCCAAGCUGAACCCGGCAUACACCACACCCUACAUCUUGGGCCUGUUUCACGACAUUGUGUUGGGCGUGGAGGCACUACAUAAACAUACUGGGAUGCACCACAUCGACUUGAAGCCAGGGAAUGUGAUGCUAAACUGUCAAGGCAAGAAUUGCUUUGCCGCCGUUAUCGACUUAGGCAUUGCUUGCGACCCCAGGCGAGAAGGAGACUGCGGACUCAUGGGCACUCCAUUGUACAUGCCACCCGAGGUUUACCGUCAGAAUAAAGAAGGCAUGCGGCAUCCCGCACGGGAUGUGUGGGCCCUUGGAGUAAUCCUCUACCAGCUGAUGUACGUAAGGACUCCGCCCUUCUUCAGAGAUCCUCGAAAGUUGAUCGUCAGCUACGAUGUCGAUACGGAUCCGAAUAUUCCGGGGACCAAGAAAGUGGACACCUUGGUCAUGCAGAUGCU